GGGAACGUUGUCGCGGCUGUCCGAUCAGCAAAUAGCUAGAGCGUUAAGCUGACCAAAACCAAUGAAAUGCUAUUGCUAAAAUAGAGCUGCUGGUAUUUGGUCGAGGAAACCAAGAGCACGUGACAGCUGCAGCCGGAGAACGACGGAAAGGAGGGAAGGAAGAAAGGAGGGAAGGAGGAAGCUCUCCUCGGUCAGACAGGAAGCGGUGCGAUCCCGCACUCGCAGCUUCGCAUCGCUCGCCUCCCGCAGCGGCAGCUCGGCGCUCGCCCCGCUCUGGGAGGCCGCCGAGCUCCCACGCCCCGCCCCGCCCCGCCCUCACAAAUUCGAGGCCUCGCACUCCCGCCCGCGAUGCCGGCCGGAGCCAUGGCUGCGGUUCGGAAGGGCUCUGGACUCGCUGAGGUGGCGACAGACAAGGUUGCAGGCAAGCUGAGCUCUACUCUCUCAUGGGUGAAGAACACUGUAUCGCACACCGUCAGUCAGAUGGCCAGUCAGGUGGCAAGUCCAUCUGCCUCCUUACACACUACAUCCUCCUCUACCACUCUGUCUACACCUGCAUUAUCACCAUCCUCGCCGGCACAGCUGAGUCCAGACGACCUAGAAUUACUGGCUAAACUUGAGGAGCAGAACAGGCUCCUAGAAACAGAUAGCAAAUCCUUGCGAUCAGUAAAUGGGUCAAGAAGAAAUAGUGGAUCUUCUCUUGUAUCUAGUUCAUCAGCUUCUAGCAAUCUCAGCCAUCUUGAAGAAGACUCAUGGAUCCUGUGGGGGAGAAUUGUGAAUGAAUGGGAAGAUGUACGGAAAAAGAAAGAAAAGCAAGUUAAGGAACUUGUUCGAAAAGGGAUACCUCAUCAUUUCAGAGCAAUUGUUUGGCAGCUUCUGUGUAGUGCUCAAAGCAUGCCAAUAAAGGAUCAGUAUUCGGAGCUUUUGAAAAUGACAUCUCCUUGUGAGAAACUAAUAAGAAGGGACAUUGCUAGAACGUAUCCAGAGCAUGAUUUCUUUAAAGAGAAAGACAGCCUUGGGCAGGAGGUUUUAUUUAAUGUAAUGAAGGCUUAUUCUUUGGUGGAUCGUGAAGUUGGAUACUGUCAAGGAAGUGCUUUUAUUGUUGGAUUACUACUUAUGCAGAUGCCAGAAGAAGAAGCGUUUUGUGUGUUUGUUAAAUUAAUGCAAGAUUACAGACUACGAGAACUCUUCAAACCAAGCAUGGCUGAACUGGGCCUUUGUAUGUACCAGUUUGAGUGCAUGAUACAGGAGCAUCUUCCAGAACUUUAUGUGCACUUUCAGUCUCAGAGUUUCCACACUUCUAUGUAUGCAUCAUCAUGGUUUUUAACUAUAUUUCUUACAACUUUUCCACUACCAAUUGCAACAAGAAUAUUUGAUAUCUUUAUGUCUGAGGGUUUAGAGAUAGUAUUUCGAGUAGGUUUAGCACUACUUCAGACAAACCAAGCAGAAUUACUGCAACUUGACAUGGAAGGGAUGUUACAGCACUUUCAAAAGGUCAUUCCACAUCAGUUUGACAGUGGUCCAGACAAAUUAAUCCAAGCAUCUUACCAAGUCAAAUACAAUGCAAAAAAGAUGAAAAAGUUAGAAAAGGAAUACACUACAAUAAAAACAAAAGAAAUGGAAGAACAAGUUGAAAUUAAAAGGUUGCGAACUGAAAAUAGGCUCCUAAAGCAGCGCAUUGAAACACUAGAAAAAGAAAGUGCUUCCUUGGCAGAUAGAUUGAUACAGGGACAAGUGACCAGGGCCCAGGAGGCUGAGGAAAACUACCUCAUAAAACGGGAGCUGGCCACCAUCAAACAGCAGAGUGAUGAGGCCAAUACUAAACUGGAGCAAGCUGAGAGUACCAUCAGGGAGCUCCAACAGCAGCAGCAAUGGCAUAAAUGCAGUUCACGAUACAGUGAAGACUUUGUGCUACAGCUGGAAAAAGAGCUGGUCCAAGCCAGGCUGAGUGAAGCAGAAUCCCAUUGUGCCCUGAAGGAGAUGCAAGAUAAAGUUCUAGAGAUGGAAAAGAGGAACAGCGCUCUCCCUGAUGAGGAAAACGUUGCUAGACUACAAGAAGAACUGAUUGCAGUAAAACUAAGAGAAGCAGAAGCUUUGAUGGGUCUCAAAGAACUAAGGCAGCAAGUCAAAGACUUGGAGGAACACUGGCAGCGUCACCUAGCUCGCACCACUGGGAGGUGGAAAGAUCCUCCAAGAAAAAAUACAGUGAAUGAACUACAGGAUGAGCUGAUGACAGUCCGACUGAGAGAAGCAGAAACUCAGGCUGAAUUGAAAGAAACCAAACAAAGAAUGAUGGAGAUGGAAACACAGAGUCAGAUCAAUAAUAACCAUUUGCGAAGGGCAGAGCUGGAGGUCACCAGCCUGCAAGAAAAGGUACAGUAUCUUACUGCACAGAACAAAGGACUUCUUGCUCAGCUGAAUGAAGCAAAACGUAGACAAGCGGAGAUUGAAUGUAAGAGUAAAGAAGAAGUGAUGGCAGUGCGGCUCCGUGAGGCAGACCGCAUAGCAGCUGUGGCUGAACUCCAGCAGCACAUUGCUGAAUUGGAAAUCCAGAAAGAAGAAGGAAAGAUUCAAGGGCAGCUUAAUAAAUCUGAUUCUAACCAGUAUAUCAGAGAACUGAAAGAUCAGAUAGCUGAGCUGCAUCAUGAGAUCAAAUGCUUAAAAGGCCAGAGAGACUUCUCAGACCAACCCACUUUUGAUGGGAUCCACAUUGUCAACCAUUUCACAGGAGAUGAUGAGUCAUUUCAUUCUUCUGAUGAAGAUUUUAUAACUAACUCCAUACAGGAGAGUGGGGUAAACUUUCAUUUACGCAGGAGGACUGGUCAGAUGGCUUUGGAUCACACAGUUGUAGACAGCAGUGACAGUGAGACUGAAGAAAGCACGCUCCAGACUGGAAACUUGGAUAAGAUGGUUUCCAAACAGAGGAGAAUGGAAUCUUACUCUACUACUGUGUAAUGAUCACUGUGACUAGCAUUUGAGGACUUCUGUGUUUAUUUAAGGAUUAAGUUGUCAGAUAAUUGAAGGCAUCCAGCAGUUGGUUUAGGUAACUAUUGGAUCUGUUCUGGCCUGUGAUAAAUACACAUGUGCACUGUCCAUCUGCCUUCUCUUUGCCAAAUCUUGCUAGUGAUGUACCAUUGCUGUGAAAGAGGCUGGGAAGAAGUUAAUGGAUGACAGUUCUGACAGUAUUACUGAAUGUUCCUUGUUUUAGAAACUGCAAAUAUAUAAUUUCUUUAAAUGUGUAAGAAACCUUUUUGCUGUUCACAAGGUUGGGAAUUAUUUUCCUCAAAAGAAACUGCUCUUGUGCAAUAUUUUAUGCUCUGAACAAAUGUGUAUGUUUUACAUCAUUAUCCAUUUGUGAUUAAGAUGGACUCUAACCAUCUGAUCAUAUGGCAUAUAUAUAAUUAUGCUUCUCAAUAACUUCUGUUUUAUUAAAGUUACCAAACGCCCACAGAAGGCUUGAAAGAGGAGCCAUAAUCUCUACUACUUCCUAUAUACAAGUACUGGUCACUAAUGUCAUAAAGGUGUUUUUCACCCUUUUCACUUAGAUUUAUGUGCAUCUGCUUUUGAUGUUGCUAAAUAAUACCUGGUCUGAAUAUAUUAACUACAAUAAUGUUUAUUUUGUACAUAUUUAUAUAACUGCACCAAGCUGAAAAUGUAUAUUAUACCAUUUUAUACGAGGAAUGUAAAUGUUGCUAUAUGACCGUCUCUCAUAUUCCACCUGGAAAAUGAAUUCUGUAUAUACACACUAGAAAUGAAUUGCUAAAUAAAAGCAAAACACUAACUUUACAUUUAGUUUCGGUAGCUACACUAACAGAUUCCUGUCUAACUGAAAUGCUUGUUCAAAACACUAUGACUGAAAUCUUUUACCUUCAUAUAUAUGUAAUGAAAAUAAAUUUUUCACAAUUUAACAAGGUUACAGCAUUUACUGUCUAGUCACUUCUAAGCUACAACCUUUAGUUACCCUCUGGCUCUGAAUUAGAGUGGUACUUUGAAUAAGAAGAUUAUUUGCGUAUUCCAGUUAACAGUUCUAAUGAAGGUAUCAGUGCAGUGAAAAUAUCUACGUUCAGUUUUCUUGCAGUUUUAUAUUGCCGUUACCUGAGAAAUAGUAUAGAUCCUGUCACCAGGAUAGCUAUUGUUAGCCAAAGUGGUGAGUGCUGAGCAAUUCUGCUUUCACGCUCUCCUGUAAACUAAGAUCCAGUAACACAGCCCCCGCCUUGGUUCUUGAACAGAACUUCAUCUAAUAUUGUCAUAUGAACACCCUUUGAGACAAGCUAGUUAGCAAUUUUCACCAUUAUUAAGAAUAUUCUUAUCAUACAUACAUAAACAGUUCUUGGAAUUUGUUUUCAAGUAGUAUUGGCAACUGUAUUUUAUUUAAGAAUAAAGAAGGGCUAUUUUGUUAGUAAUAGCAUGUAUGUUAAGUCUUAUUGUGAGAAGCAGUGUAGCUAUUAAAAAUCAUGGAACUGUGGAAGCAUAGUGCUGAAUAACAUCUGAAUGAGCCCCUAGGAAAACAGCAAAAGGGAGGAGGAAGAACAUUUCAAAGAACAAAUAAGGAAGACUGAACGGAAGAAGCAUCCUUUGGGUUUCUCAACUGCUUUAUUUGUCUAGGCAAUGUAAUUUAAAUCUCAAGAGGGUGAAAAAUUUUAAGUUACCCACUUCUGCAAAUUCUGCCUUGCCUCAGUAUUUCUUCAAACUAUUCCCACAUCUUGCUGCUGCCUACACCAUAUGCUGUAUAGCUCAUGGAAAUCAUCAUCUCUGAGGAUUAGCUUGACUUUGGUUCUAAUCACUAUUAGAAAUCUCAUGUGUAAAAACAAGUCAUGGCUUUUUUGUUUGCUAACAAGCAACAGUUACAUUUUUUUUCUUUCCAGUGAGGAACCAGUGACAUAUUUUGCAGCUGAAUAAUUGUUACCUAAGAUGAUGGGUGAUAAGGUCUUGUUGCCUGUCAUCAAUAUCAGCUGUUAGCCUCUCUUAAAUGUAAUGUUCCAUAAUAAGUGGCAGGAGCAAAAUUCAGUUGGAGGGCUGUAUAAAUGCUGUUUGGCUGCUAUAAUUUUACCUUAACUGCCUUACUGUUCAAGUGCUAGUAAAUAAGAUCAGUUAACAGGAGUUGUUUCCUGAACUUUUGUAUUUUUGUGUAUUGCUAAUAGUAUAAUUGCAAACGCUGAAUAACAGCACAAAUAAAAAUAUCAAGGGAAAAGUAAAGGGCUUUAUUCAACUACUACAUUUUAGAGAUGAAGGUCAGUGGUUGAACAUGCUGCAGUUUCAGAAGUUUUAUGUGGAGCAUCCUCAGAGGAAAACACAAAGGAUGCCGUUGAGAAUAAUCACACUUUCUCUUUGGGCAUUCUGCUACAAAUGAAGCUAGUUUCUUUGCCUACGUGUGUUACAAUCUGCAUACAUACCAGAAUAAUGGCAAUAUAUUAACAGUGUAGCUGGUGCAUUUACUAGUAGGUCAAUAAAUAAGGCAUAUUAAUUAUGCUACACAUCAUGACCUUACUUAUGUGACCUUCUAAAAAACUUCAUAGCUCUCUUAGUUUGUUGCUUUGCUACAUUCAGGCUGCAGAAACCCAGGGUGAGUGUUAGAAAAGUUAGCCUCAAUAUGUGCAUAUUCAAGAAUUCUGAAUUCAGGUAGUGUCAUACACAGUUUCCAUUUAAAUUCUAUGUUUGGUAGUAAAAAAUGGUUAUUUCCCCCAUCUCAUAAUCAAAUACUUUCAUUAGCUACAAAAGCUUGAAUGUUUACUUUUUUGAUUUUGUUUUCCUUCAGGCUAAAGGUACAAAUAUUGUAGGAUCUGAUAGCGUGGUCCUAUUGUGCCCAAAGGAGGGCAGCGAAGAUGGAGAAGGGCCUAGGAGGCAAGGCAUAUGAAGACUGGCUGCAGACACUGGGAUUGCGCAGAGCAGAGCAGACUGAGGGGAGGCUUCCUGGUGUGCAGCUCCUCACAGGGAGCAGAGGGGCAGCGCUGAGCUCUGCUGACCCGAGGGACGGGCACGGAGCUGUGUCAGUGGAGGGGCAGCUGGGGGUGAGGGCCAGACUCUGCACCAGCGGGCACAGCACCGAGCUGCCCGAGUUCAAGGAGUGUCUGGACAGUGCUCUCAGACGUACGGUCUGCUUUUUGGGUGGUCCUGUGUAGCCAGGAGCUGGACUCGAUGAUUCUUGCGAGUGCCUUCCAAUUCAUGAUAUCCCACGAUUUUAUGUUUUGACAAAUAUUUUAUCUUCCACUACAUUA